AAGAGAGUCCUAUACCACAUUGUAACCAAAGAAAACUCAGAGAACUUGGAACAACAAUGGCUUCCAUCAAGCUGCAGCUUGCCCUCUUCUUCCUCGCUUCUUCCCGUACGCAUGCAUACUAUACCCAAAAUAUAUAAUUCAUUAUUCCUUUUUAUUUUGUUUUGUUUUUUAAAUUUUAAACUUUAAAUUGACGUUAAUUAUUCAUUUCCAGAUAAUAUUAAUUUCACCUUAUUAUUAAUUGUUGCAGUGGUUCUCCGGAUGGGUGCGGCGGACUGCAACGGGCACAGCGUGUGCUCGCCGUUCGAGAUGCCGCCGUGCGGCGACGGCAAUGGCUGCCGGUGCGUCCCCUGGGGGCUGUUUGUGGGCCAGUGCAUCCACCCCACCUCGUUGGGCCUCCCGGAGGUGGCGAAGAAGAUCGAGGCCCACCCCAACCUGUGCCUCUCCAACUUGGAGUGCUUCAAGAAGGGGAGCGGCAGCUUCUGCGCCCGCUUCCCCAACCCCCACGUCGAGCACGGCUGGUGCAUCGACUCCGCCGCCGCCCUCUCCGCUCUCUUCGACUUCAAGACCACCACCACCACCACCACGGCGGCGUAAUAAUUUCCAAGUCACAUGGCUGGCGACGCUAUUAUUAUCCUUAUCUUCUAAGACGACAUCAGCUUAAUUCUCAUUAUUAUUAUUAGCUGGAAUAAAUUGGAUAUUAUUGUAGUGUUUGCUAGUAGGGUUUCAUGAUGCUUUGCUAGGGUUGCUUUGUUGUUGUAAGCUGCCUCUCUUUCUUUCUUUCAUCGUCUAAUUAUAAUUAUGUUAUGUUAUAUUUUCCGUUUUCCAAACUGCUUUCCCAUUUUUUACGUAAAACUUUUUCACUUGGAUGCACUUUGAGAUUGAAAAGAAAAAAAAAUUAGAUGGAAAAUAAAUUAUCAGUUUUGUU